GUGGUGGGGUGACUGUGGUUGGAUGUUGUCAUGUAUGAGCAGCCUGAGGAUGCACAAUAGCGGGUCGAGACCACCGUGCAGAAUUGCGGAUUAGAAGAGGAGGAGGAGGGAGGAAGGCGCUUUUAUCCCACAAAAAAAAAAAAAAAAAAAAAAAAAAAAUAGAAAAGAGGGGGUGCAAGGAAGGAAGGAGGCAACCCGGGACCGGAGGACACCGAUGCUGUUGUUGUUGUGGCGGCGACGAUGCGGCCCCACUGCUGGCUGAUGGUGGCUCUGGCGGGGGUCAUGUCGUACAUCAGCCCGGAGAGAGCGCUCGGAGCCCCGCAGAGGGAAGUUUCUCAGGGCAGGACCGCCUCACUGUCGCCUCCACCUUACGUGGUCAUCCUCAUCUCUUGCUCUGGGUUGGUCUCCUUUGUUCUGCUGCUCCUCACCUGCCUGUGCUGCAAAAGGGGAGGAGUUGGAUUCAAUGAGUUUGACAAUGCCGAUGGAGAGGAGUGUUCCGGAGGGUCCAGCCCCAUCCAGGAGGACAGCCUGUCGUCGUGCCCCUCGCUCCCGGAGGUCUACACGUUGCCAGUCAGGGAGAGGCCCAACUGCGCCGCGCUGCAUGGCGGAGACUCCAAAUCUCAGUGCUUCAAAAGGCACACCUUGAACUACCUGCAGGAGAUUGGAAAUGGCUGGUUCGGAAAAGUGAUCCUAGCUGAGGUGUUGUGCGACUGCAGCUCCUCGCAGGUGGUGGUGAAGGAGUUACGCAUCAGCGCCAGCCCUCUGGAACAGAGAAAGUUCUUGGCUGAAUCUGAGCCAUACAGGAGUCUGAAACAUCCCAACAUACUUCAAUGUUUGGGCCAGUGCAGCGAAAGCAUCCCUUAUCUCUUGGUGAUGGAAUUUUGCCAGCUGGGUGACCUGAAGCGGUACCUGCGAGCCCAGCGGAAGUCCGACGGGAUGACGCCGGAUCUCCCUACGCGGGACCUGUUGACACUUCAACGGAUGGCUUUUGAGAUCACGUCGGGUCUACUGCACCUUCAUGAAAAUAACUAUAUCCACAGUGAUCUGGCUUUAAGAAACUGCCUGCUGACCUCAGACCUCACUGUGAGGAUAGGUGACUACGGCCUCUCGAACAACCAUUAUAAGGAGGACUAUUAUUUAACUCCCGACAAGCUUUGGAUCCCUCUCCGAUGGAUCGCUCCUGAGCUCCUAGAGGAGUACAGAGGAUCUCUAAUAGUCACCGACCAAACAAAGACCAGCAAUGUGUGGUCCCUGGGGGUGGUCAUAUGGGAACUGUUUGAAUUUGGCUCUCAGCCUCACAGGCAUCUGAGUGACGAGGAGGUUCUGACGUUUGUCAUCAGGGAGCGACAAAUCACGCUGGCUCAGCCGAGACUCAAACUCUCUCACGCAGAUUACUGGUAUGAAAUCAUGCAGUCAUGCUGGCUUCCUCCAUCACAGCGUCCAUCAGCGGCCGAGGUUUUCCUCCUCCUCUCCUCCCUCCUGGCUGCCGAGCGGGGAACAGCGAGGGGUGGUGUCGGGGAUGAGGAUGAAGAAGAUGAGGAGUAUGACGACGGUAGGAGGAGGAGAGGCGAGAGCGAAGAGUCGUUUGAAAGACGAUGGGACUUGCUUCGCCCGCCGGCCUUUCAGGCAGCAGCGCACGAACGGCAAAGGGAGCGCGAAUGCGCUAGGGAGGAGCGACACAGCUCCUACCCACUGCUGGACCCCGUGGGCAACCGUAGCACGCAUUCCUCGUCUGAACUGGAUGAUAUCCUGACCGUGACUGAAACUAGCAAAGGGUUGAACUUUGAAUAUUUUUGGGAGAAGGCCCACGCUAGACGAGGCUACAAACCUCUACCCCCUGCUCAACCCAUACCGUCUGUGAACAAUAACAAUCACAGGCAGUCCUUGGACACCCCCACUGUGGUCCCGGUGAUCAGCGCACGCAGUCCCUCCCUUGCCAGCGAGUACUACAUCCGAUUGGAGGAGCACACUCCCCAGGACAAGUCACCGACCCUCAAAGGGAAGAGCCAGCCGUCUUGCCGCUCAGACACUAUUUGUCCAGGAGACAUGGAGCUUGUGGAGAUACGCAGUGGUAUGCUGGGGAAAGAGCGCGUGCCAUAUUGUUCCUCUGACAAGUGUACAGCUGGAAAAGGCAUCCAGACUGUGCGAUCGAGCGAGGUAAAGCUCCAGGUGCCUAACACUGGAGUAGCUGAGUUCAGAGACACUUCAAGCAGAGUGACUGACUUUUCGGUAAUCAAUUUAGGGGAAGAUGAUGAAGAAAAAAGGACUCCUGACAAAAAAGCCUCCUCAAGCUCCCAAGCUCCAAUCCUUCCUCCAAAACCUCGGUCCCUGUCUCUGUCAUCCACCAAUCAUCUUCAUUCGCGCCCGCUACCUGCACCUCCAAUUGGUUACAGGGGACUUCCUCAUUACAACAUGAGUGGCAAAAUCGAGACUGAUCCUCUUCAGAUGAACAGCUGCCCACCUUCGAGUUAUGGUCACUUAGGGCUCCACCGUGCUAGACAGACUUUGCCGCCAUCCCCGUCUCUCUCCCCCUCCCUCCCACCAUCUAGUCAUCCAAUUUACCCUCCAACACAAAUGUGUCCGCCUCCCCUCCCUCCUCACUCAAAACAAAGAACUUGCCCCAGCUACAAUUCUGAUUCUUAUUCUAGAUACAGUAAUAGAUGUAUUAGAGACCCGCUGUCCUGUGACCUUGCCAAUAGGGACACCAGACACACGUCAAUGCACAACUCCAAGGAUAGCACUCACUCCCGUGGGAAAGACUUUGAAUCGCCCAUUCGCAGGGAAAACCCCUUGCGUCCGAUUUAUCGUAAUAUACCUCGCCCUCAGCCCGGAAAUGACGGGCAGUGUUCAUCCAGUCCCACUUACUCAGAUGAGGAGGACUCUCCCUUCGUGUCACCUGAGAAACCAAACAGCGGCACCACUGUCACUCAUUCAAGCCUUUCUGAGGAUGCUGAGCCAACCUCUGGUGGACUCUUUUCCAGGGGAAUGAAAAGGACCCAAUCACGCCUUGACACCAUCUUACCAGCCAUUUGGAAGGAAGAUGCAGAACUUCAAGCAGAACGUAUUGCCGCAGCCAAGAAAUCCCCCAUGCACUUAUUUCUGACAGAGAUCUCUACAGCGACAGAGCUAAAUGAGCGCAAGUCGGAUGUUUCAUGUGACACUGGGCAGGAGGAAAAGAGAGACAGUGAAAAAUCUCCAAAUUUUGCAUUGCCUAACAAAGGAAUACGCCGUUCCCAGUCUCUGAUCACAGAGCUGGGCUCAGCAGGACAUUCGUGGGCGUCAGAGAAACAAAACAAAAGCACAGGAAUGGAGAAAGAAUUCAUAGCGUCGAAUGAAUCGUUUCAGGGAGAUCUUUUUCUGACAGAGAUCGAUACGGACACAGAUGUGAAUGAAGGAUCAGGAAAUGAUCCUGUAAAAUACCUCUACCCUGCAGGAUCAAGGUUGCGACCGUAUGUCUGCGCUUCGGGCCUUCCCUCAUGCACAGAAGCUGACGACACCUAUUCAAAAGGCAUAAGACGGUCACACUCCCUCCUCUCUGAGAGCACCACUGGAAAAGCAGAGUUUGAACCGAAAAAGACUGAAAAGGAACAACAGAAAUCAGAAAUGACAAGGGAGGAGUUCCUAAAAGAGAUCCAAUCAGCAGAGACUUUUCUAACUGAAAUCAUAUCGAGACAAAACACAACUACGAACAAGAAAGAAGCUGAUUCCUCCCCUACGCCUCUCUCGCCUGAGUACGAAUCCAUUUGUAUUGACCCAAAUUCAGCACAGACCAUACGGUUUCAAUCAGAGAGCUCCAUACGCUCAUCUGGUAGAGGAAAAGAUGAAACACAAACUGAGGCUAUUUAUGCCCAAGUCACCAAACGUGCCAAAAAGACUGAGAUCAAAGUUACUACCCGACCUGAGAUCCCAAUCCUUCAUAUAGGCUCAACCAUUAAAUCAGAGAAUCAAGGAUGCAAUGCAGGUGACUUUGCCUUUUCUGAUAGCAUGUCCAAAAAUGGCCUAGAGAGUACAGAUGGACCUGCUUUACCUGCGAGAGGAGAGGAACAAGAUUUUUCAGAACUUUCACCCGAACUCUCCGACAAGGAUGUCACUGUGAGAUCACGCAUUACACAUAAUAGCCCGGAUGCUUCUUUUUUAGAGAAUGGCCAGCUAUUGAAUGAUGACACAAGAGUCUGCAUUCAUGAGAGAGAUCACGUCACAAUGUGUGAUUCUGACAAUGAAAAUCACAACACUGAUAAGAUCUCGUCUGCCGCUGAUUUGGAUCACUCAAAAGCUAGUGGGGCCCCAAACACAAAAGUAGACGAUAACCAUUCACUAGAGCACAAUGACAGUGUUUCACAAAAACAUGUUGCCGAACUAGCUGCCACUCCAUCCACUCCGGAUUGGGAUGCGUCUGGUGACGUCUUCCUGGUCACCCCCACCGACUCCGUCCUGUCACCAAUGACGUCCAGCUCCGCAGACUGCCUCACUCCUAGUGACUCCUGGAUGGGAUCGGGAGGUGGUGGGUGGCGAGCUCUGGGAAAUGAAACACCUCAUCGGGACUCGGCCUAUUUCUCAGACAGCGACUGGGAAGGGGACGGGAUGAGCAGGAGAAGCAGCGACGGACUUGUCAGCUCCAGGCCGAGCAGUGGCCGAGGGGGUGAGAGGGGACUGCUCACUGGGAUCGAAGAAAAAACUGAAACUGAAGAAGAGAGUGAGGUGGAACACAAGCACGCAAUGAGAAACAACAUACAGUUAACUGAGAAAAAGACAUGUCAGAAUAUUCCUCAAAAUGACUUCUCUCAUCCAGGGAAUGCCACUGAUUUUCCAAAGAAAGGGUUCGAGCUAGGACAGAGAGAUGAUUCUGGCAUUUUCCUAAACGGUCAGAAAUCCUCCCAAUUAAUCGAUGGUCCCCAAACCCAAGACUGUGUUGACUUUAUUGAUAAAUUGUUCUCCAAAUUAGAAGACACACCUCAUAAGAACUUUACGAAUCGUGAUGGGUAUCCAGAAGACCAACAAUCCACAGAGAAUGUAAUUUCCAGAAAAGAUUUGAAUCUACCAGCCAACAGAGCCAAGGAAUACACAAAAUUAGAAAAUGAUGUUGUUUCUUUGAGCGCCCAUAGAAAUAAAAUUGUAGAGUCUGUUGUUGACAACACAGAGUCCAAAUUGUCUAAUCUAUUUGACGGUUCUUCCGUCACACCACCAUUACGGGAGUCAAAUGUAGCUUUGGCAUCCUGGACAGAUGAAAGACUUGAAAAACCUGAGAUAAGAAAUAAGUUGCCUGACCUUGAGCUGCACCAUUCAGACCACAACCAGCUUGGCCUGCGAGACUUGCACUACUACUAUGAGAAUGAGACAGCUGAGGUAAGGACAGAGUCUGAGAAACAGCUUGCUUGUGCAGAGCUGAGUAACGUUGCAAAGGAGAAGUCACCCCUGAGAGAAGCGCAACAUAGGAUGAACAAUGUCGCAAAUGUCAUCGAGCAGGUGAAAGUGGAAAAUGACAGAAAGAGUCUUGACUGCAACCUUUAUUCACAGUUAAGUGAAUUGCCUAUUUGGCCUGAUGAAAAUGACCAGUGGGCCUCUCCAGAAAAGAAGUGUCCAGAUAAUGAGCUCAGGUCUGAACUCUUCCCUGGCUUCCACGCUGAGGACUGGGAGGUGGCCGAGCGUCUCGUUGUGGGUCAGGAGUUCUGGGAAACUGAAGAAAAUGAUGAACUUGCUGGGAGUGAACCUCACCCUGCCAAGUUAGUCAGCUAUGAGGAAUCGUGGAAUGACGAAAGGCAGGGAUUAACAGAAAGUCUUUCAGUGAAUGCAAAUGUCAAUCAAGCGUCUGAGCAGCAGAAGAUGGCUGUUCAACAGGUUGAAAAUCAGGAGAGCCUAGAGGAAAUAAAUAGAUUUGAUGUGAUGGGGAAAUUAUCAACAGACGUGGAAAACAAUGAAAUGCCGGAUCAGGAAGUCUCUGAGAAACAUAAGUCCUUAUGGAUGGACACAAUCCAGGAUGGGCAUAAUGCAGGCUCAGAGGAGAAUCAGAAUUUCAACACUUGGUCUCAGCACCAACUCUGUGACCUCCAGGAGGAAGAACCGUCACCACCAAGAGAAAAAGUUGACGACGAUGCUGGUUUAGUGAACUGUUUCUCUCAUACUUUAGAAAGUAAGCAUGCCAAAAUAACCAUAUGUAUCACUGAAGCCCCUCAGGAGGACUUUCCUGACCAGGAAAAUCUUGAUUCUGAGAUAAAUUAUACGGAUGAAAGAAGUCCAUGCAAUGCAAAGCACCCCACAGAAGACGGCGUGAGUGCUGCAGAGUUAGAAGAGGAUUUCAGAGAUGUCGCUGAUCCACCAGCAGACAACUUCAGCUCAGUUGACUUCCCCAGUCCUCCUCAAAGCAUCGACCUUGACCUGCAGGAUGAUAAACUGGAGAGUUUAGAUGAUUCUUUUCCGAGUCCACCGCCAUCCAUUUCAGAAACUGAGGAGUUUAGUACUCCAGUGAAUAUAGAGGCAGAAUCUCCCAAAAUGGAUCUCAGUAGCAACACCUCUGAGAUUGAAGUUCAGAAUGAUACCAACCCGUCACAAGCUCCAAUAAAUAACCUGCCAGAAUUAUUAAUUUCUGAAUGGAAAGAUAUGCAUGAGGAAGCCUUAGAGGAUUUCGAGAAACUGGAACAACUGUGUUGCAUAUCAGGUGAUGAGGAAGAGACUUUGGGUGGCAUUUUCUUGGAAAACCUAGAGCUUUUGGAGUCCCUGAAAAAAACACCUGAUCAAAAAGGCACCAAUUCAAGCUUGUAUGGCGAAGAGACAAGUCAUUCGAGUACCAAAGGGAGCAGAGCGGUUUUGGAUCAAACCCCUGAUGAUUUCAAUAAUCUGUUAGAUUCCUCAGACACCGAUGAUAGGGAUGAUAUGUUGAGGUCAUCAGGACAAUCUCCGGAUGCGAAGGACCAGAGUUCUCUUUCAAAGAUGACCACCGAGAAUGGCCUCAUGAUGCAGGUGUGUGAGGAGCGACUGCAGUUCUCCUUGAGUGAAAAUGUGAAAACAAAUGUUCUAUGGGGAACAACAGUCAAGGACGCAGUCACACUUCGGCCCUGGGGGGAACAAACAACCGAGAGCAACAGUGAGACGGCCGUUAUGGGAGAACAAAACCAGGAUGACAGCCGAACAGAGCAGGAAACCAUUUCUUGCACUGAACCUGAGACAGAAUGUGAAGAAACUGAAACUGAGACACUCACUGUGAUUGAACAACCAGAGGUUACGACGCUGCAAUCUUCUGCAAACCAGGCAAUCAAAGCAAAAGUAGCCCGUCUGUCUUUAGCCCUGCCACCCCUCGCCCUGACUCUGCCCUUGACCACGACUGGCAAAGGAGGUUUUGGGGACGGGGCAAUCGGCAAUCGGAUUGGCAGACGGAGAGGCUUGCUUCCGGGAAGCGAUCCUGAAGAUGAAGAGGAAGAUGAGGCAGAGGACGAAAGUAACCGUAGGGUUAUAGUUGUCACAGAGACAGAUGUGGACAAACGCAUAGGUCUGAGGAGUCUGCUCAAGUCGCCCAAGGAACCUCUGGACAGCGAGAGGGACAGGGGGAGAAAUGUUUCCUUUUUUGAUGAUGUCACCAUCUAUCUCUUUGAUCAGGAAACUCCAACCAAUGCAUUAAGCACUUCAGCGCCCACUAGUCCAGCUGCAGUUACCGUCAAAAACACGCUACACGGUUCCAGCAACAAAAGCAAAGAUUCCAAGCGCAAAGAACCCAGGGUCUCUGCGGGCGGAGCCAAUGCGAUGACAUCACGCUUCACCGUCAGCCCUGCUAAGGACCCCCAUGUCGCGUGAUGCGGCUUGAACGCUUUAGAGAGGAACCCUCUGAGACCGAGCCGUGAAGGAACUCCACCAGCCAGCCAUUCAGUCACACAGAGGCUAUUUUUCUACUGGAUAGGCGGAUGGAAGAGGAAGACUGGAAACGAUCCAGUUCUGACCAGCUACACUGUUUACAGAGUUUAUUCAAGCAUCUUUGGAAGGAGGAACCUGUAAAGUUGAAUCGACAGCUAUUCAGCGGGAGUCUCGCUGUGUACCAGCUUGUUUAUUCUGCAUCGUUGCUCUUCAGAUGUGAGGGCAAAGCCGUUUGUUUUGUUGUUUUGAUUUUUUUUUUUUUUUUUUUAGGAUCCAUAUGCCAGGCCUCUCUCUUCAUAGACGCUUUUUCAUUGCAGUCAGUUUGAAACACAAUUUGCUCAGAUUCUGUCAGAAUACUUUGACAUUUGUACAAAACAUCAUCAUACAAAGUGAAUACGAUAUCAUUUUAGAGCUGUUUACUUUUAGAUGUCUUAAACUGCAUGAAAAAUUCAAUACAACCAACAAUUUCCUUUGGACUUUGAGUUCCUGAAAGCGCUCGCUUACUUUAUCGCUAUUUAUUUUUCAUGUUUGCAUAGCCAGUGGCCAUGAAAUUCUUUAUGCACUUAUUUAUUUAUGUUAUUUAUUUGAUGCUAUUAGCAUAAACUAACUUAUUAUUUGGGACAGGAUGCAUCUAGGUUAUACCUUCUGUAAGAUCGACUUAACAAAUAAAGCAAAAUAUUUUCCAAGCCGUCUUAAAUGCGCCAAAAAAGUAUUUUGUAUAAUUUUACCUGUCAAUAUAUUCCAAUCUGUAUGAUAGUUUCCUGUAAUACUCCCGCCAUGUCUCUGUAUGUUUAGCAGUGUUGUCAUUCUUUUCCAGACAGUCGGCGUAGCUUAGCAUGAAAAACUGAAAACGAGCUUUUCAUCAGUCAAUAGCUUUAUUUUUAUUGUGCGUGUAUAUUACCUUCUGAUUUGAUUUUCUACAAACAGUCCAUCAUGCAGUCAAGGUCCAAAUAGUUUGUUUAGUCUGUUUUAGUGUUGGUUUAAAACCUGUAUUGUUUUAAGGAAUUGUUUUCAAGGGAUAAUGUAAAAACGAAGGGGAAAAUAAAAACUACAAAAUGUGGAUUUCCAUCUGAAUGCUCCAUUUUCGUCAUUUGUAAAUGUCACACUUGUGGAAAAAAACAUUUACAACGUA